GCCGUCGGGCGUCACAAGCAAACCACCGCCGGCAUGCAACCGUUCCGCCCGCCGUCCGCCGAGGUCCGCACCGACUUUCGGCGCGCGCCGCCGACCUCCGACGGGUACGUCUGCGGCAACGACGCCACGAGCCUCUUCAACACCUCGACGCACACGGCGGCAAGCUCGUUCGUGGCACCACCCGGCGUCCCACGGCGCUUGGACGAGCCUGAUGUCGUGAUUCUCUCGGAGGCGCCGCAGCAGUUCCGGGCCAAGCCGCACGAGACGACCGACGAGUAUUACGCAUACCUCUGGACGAUCGAAGGCGCGCGCUACAAGAAGAUUUACUUUGGCGUCUAUGGCCUCCUGCUCGCCAUUGUGCUCGGCGUGCUCCUCGGGUACCUCGUGUCAUUCCUCACUCGCGGCGAUUACCCGCAGUCGGUCGAGAACCUCUCGGACGACGCUGUCAUUGCGAUAAUACAGGACGUGCUUGCCACGUUUACGCUCAAGCACACGUGGACGUCGUGGAUCCAGCUGCCAGGCGACCUCCUCAUCCGCGCCAUGUCGUGUCUUGUCGUGCCGCUCAUCUUUGUCAACGUGACCGUUGGCAUCGCCGACAUUUGCGCCUUGCACAAGUCCUCGGUCGUCGGCUGGCGCAUGGUGUUCUUCUUCCUCCUCACGACCAUGGUCGCGGCCGGCGAAGGACUCUUCUUUGCCGCGUUCAUUCCAUCGAGCAUCUUUCGCACCACCGACGUGUCGCUCAAGAUUCCCAAGCAACUCGAUGUCCCCGUCGCGAUGAGCUGUCCGAACGGCGGCGGGUUCCUCGGUGUCCGGAACGGCUCAGCGCUCAUGACGUGCCUCCCGUCCGCGCCGCGCGAGUCGCUCAACCUCGUCGAUGUCAAUUUUACGUUUGCCCGCACGAAAUUGCUGCCGAAUGCAACCACGACGCCGGCCGACGUGGUGUUCAACCUGCUCGAUCUGCUCGUGACCGACAACAUCAUGGGCGCGUUCGCGCAAGAGAACGCGAUCGUGAGCCUCGUCAUGUUUGCCAUGCCGCUCGGUAUCGCGCUCGGGAAAUUCGCCGACGUCAACAACCCAAUCUUGGACCUCUUUCGACAGCUCAACUCGAUCUUCCUCAUCAUGAUUGGGUGGGUCAUCAACUUUGUGCCGGUGGCCAUCAUUUUUCUUGUCGCGUCGUCGUUUGUGCUGCCCGACGACCCGGCGUACGACGUCGGCGCAUGGAAGCACGCCAACAUCACGAUCGACCAAGUGGCGACGUGGCGCGCGGCGCUGCCGAUGGCGAUCACGCGCACGAAUUCGUUCUUUUCCAACUUUGGCGUCGCCUUCCACGCGGUCGGGACGCUCACGGCCAUCUUCAUUGCCGGUCUCGCCUUCCACGCCCUUGUCUUCUUGCCGCUCUUAACGUUCCUUACGACAAGACGCAACCCGUACUCGUACAUCUUCCGCCUCAACAAGGCGCUCAACUUUGGCUUUGGCUCGGCCUCGUCGCUCGCGGCGCUCCCGAUGACGAUCCAAGCGAUCGACUCGACCCGCAGCGUCUCGCAGCAGCUGACGCGGUUUGUGAUUCCGAUCGGCACGGGCGUCCACCUCGACGGCGCGGCGUUUUACCUCUCGGCGUGCACAGUGUUUUUACUCAAGGCACAAACCGCGACCGACGACCCGAACUUUGCGCUCUCGCCGUCCCGCGUGGCCAUGGUCUUCUUCACGUGCGUCAUCAACGCGUGGAGCUGCGCGCCGAUCCCGCACGGCGGCCUCCUUGCUCUCAACGCGGUGUGGCAGGCGGUGACGCCGGACCUGCCGACGACAAUCAACCUUCCGGUCGGCUUUGUGUGGGUGGUGGCGAUGGACGUUCUUCUCGAUCGGUUCUCGACCGUUGUCAACAUCCUCUCGAACGCCGUCGUGACGCGCAUCAUUGCCGAACAAGUCGACGAAACGUACAUUGACGAGCUCGACCGUGGCUCUGGUGGCACCGACGCCUUUCUUCAAUAAGUAUGUUGAACGCUAUUCGUAUCGGCGACACUGCAGAGUGUACAUGCGUGCUUCUUGUUGUAGUAUUUGCUACUAGUACUCGUUAUGAAAAUGCACACCAAAUUAUUGUCUUGCGU